UGAUCUCCUGAAAGCAGUAAGAUACAUAACCACCUAGUGUCGAAUGUGGUCAUGGACUCUCUGCACAAAUUGCCAACUCGCCAAUUUCUCGCCGUUCCCGAACCCACUCCGCAUCAGUCAACAGACAACCAAUCGGGAGAGCUCACGAUGCAGUCUUUCACCACAUUGAAAGUCUUCGCUAUCACCUCGUCCCUCCUCAGCGCAACAACCUACGCAACACAACAAAAUCCACCCAAACUAGCUUCCUUCCCCGACGAAGCUUUGCUCGUGGACAGAGGCGUAGACUGGCUCUGCAACCCAGACACUCAAGGAUGUGGCCGUGGAGAAUGGGACACUCACUAUUGUAAUCCGAACAAAUGUACCGGUUGGCAUGGUUGUAUUCCAUAUACCGCCGAGGGUGAUCAUAAGUAUGCGUGGUGUAGCUGAGAUGGGGGAGUCCAUUCAGAUCAGAUCAGAUCAGUAGCAAAAAUG